UCCAGCACAGCACUGCUCCCAGCUCCCAGGAUGGAAGCUUGUCACUCUCAAGAACAAUUCAAUGUCACUUCAUACGGUGCCACAUCUGUGACCAUCAUCACCUUUGAGGCGUUUGCUGGCAUGUGGAUAAAUGCUUUCAUUGUUUCUGUGAUUUGCAUUGCUUGGGUCAAAAGGAAAACCAUGAACUCUAAUGAGAAGAUCUUGCUGUUACUUGGAUCCUCUAGGUUUUGGUAUUUGUUCAUCUUAUGGCUAUAUUAUUUUCUUUUAAUAAUGUAUCCCAAAUACCUUUAUGUUCACCCCACAUUUCAACUACUUGCAGGUGCUCAAAGAUUGUUUAAUUGUUUUGAACUUUCUGUUUCAGCCUGUCUUUCUGUCUUUUAUUGUGCAAAAAUUGCCAAUUUUAGGAACAGCUGCUUUUUCUACCUGAAAGUCAAAAUUGACAGGAUGGUGCCCUGGCUCCUGUUGGGGUCAGUGUUUUUCUCCCUGGUUAUUGGAAUCCUUGCCUAUGAAAUCAUUGAAAAACCUCAAUGUAACAAUUCCACUGGUCGAGAGAAUUUGUGGAAAGUGAAAAUUAAGACAGAUGAACAGUUUUUUCCUAUUUAUUUUAUCACUGGGUUUGGAUAUGCCACUUCAUUCAUGGCAGUCAUCCUUUCUGUCCUUCUCCUUCUCUUUUCUCUCUGGAGACACAAACGCAACAUGCAGACAAGCUCCAUGAAGGACCUCAGCAUGGAUGCCCACAUCAAAGCCAUGAAAUCCAUUCUCUCCUUCUUCGUAAUGUACAGCAUCAACAUUAUAUCCUUGAUUGUGACAAUGAUUUAUUCAGGGGAGGGCAAAAGUGCUAUGAUGUUUCUGAUUUAUGUAUUUCAUUAUGCUUUUCCAGGUGUUCAUUCCCUUAUUCUGAUUUUCAGCAACCCCAAGCUGAAAAACACACUGCUAAGGAUUCUGCCCUGUGUGAAGUGCAAGGUUUGCAUGAGGUAG